CGCACUAGCAACCAUUUUUACAGAGCUGCUGUCAUAAGCACUACAACUUAACCCCAAUUUAUUCGUAAAAAAUCGUUCCGAAAUGUUUUGCAACAACCAAAUUCUACCAAAAUUAUCCCCAGUAAUAACACUAUCUAAACGAAAUAUUCAUUUUACGCAAGUAUGUAACGAAAUUCGGCUCUUAUCAAGACUCAGAGUGGUAGACAACAGUGAGAUAGGUAAAAGGGCAAUGGCUGAGGGCAAACCUCCAAGAUGUAUUCACGUUUAUAACAAAACUGGGGUAGGGUUAAUAGGAGAUAAAGUUUUGGUUGCAAUUAAAGGUGAAAAAAAGAAAGGAAUUCUUGUUGGAUUGAAACAAAACCAGAAGCCCCGAGUACCGAAAUUUGACAGCAAUAAUCUGGUCUUGAUUGAUGACAAUGGGACACCGCUAGGGACAAGGAUUCAUGUGCCAAUACCCACGGUCUUAAGGACUAUUUUGAAGGAGAAAACGUUUUCGAAGGGGGCCGACUAUACCAAAUUAUUAGGAAUUGCAACAAAAUUUGUAUAAUUUAGUUAUUUUUGAGUAAUAAAGUUGUUUGAACUUA